CUUUUUAGUACUCGUAAUCUUUCCGACCUGAUAAAGCCUAAGUCCGAGAAGCACUCCGAGUCUUUUUUCCCUUCUUCCUACUCUCAAUAUUCCCGCGGUGCAAUAGUUUAUUCCUGCGGCAGUUCUUCUGCACACUAGGGAAGUCUGUUGUCUCGUCAGAUUCCCAAUAGUCAUCGGUCAAGUUCUUGAUUUAUUGGUGGAACUGCAACGGUCGACUCUCGAUCGAGAUAUUCCAGUCCCUGCACUUGCAUUUACACACCCACACCCACAUCACAGCAAGGACCCGCCAGAUUCCUACCGGAUUACUCAGGUAGUUUUGCCGAAUACGCGGAUCCACUUUGAGCAUCACCUUGCUGCAAGGAGAAAAUCUUGCGAGAAAACAAAAUAAAGGUGGGGAAAGGAUAGGGAAGGAAAUAUCCAAAAAGAGGAAUACCAAAACAAAAGAAGCAAGCCGGGAAGGCUUCACAAACGAUGUCGUCAAGCACAUUUUCAACUACCCCAGUCGCAACACCAUAUUCGCACAACCAACCCACAAAACUGAAGAAGAGUGUGGAGGAUGAGCCCUCCGGCGGUGCAUGUGCAACGAAUCCUUUCGCCGCUGCCAUAACCACCACCACGUCCACUCUUGCUUCUUCUGCUCCUCAGACUUUCUCUCCACCCUCCACAACCCCCGCGACUAAUAAUUCCGCGCCUUAUCCAAUCUUCAAAACUCCCGCCCUCCACCUUGCCGAUGACCUUCCUGUCCCGGGCUCCCCGAAGCAACAUAAACAACCACAAUCACCCUCGAAGCCCUCCUUUUUCCUCAAAUCUCCUACCUCCUUUAGCACUCACAGGAACUCCAUCCUUUCGGUCGGUAGCGUCCCCCGCCAGACUCUGCUCAAGGCGUUAGCUUCCGGACGCCCAUCGUUGGAUCCAGCCACGCUUACAGCGAGCCUUGACAACGUAAUGACUUCCCCCUUUCCAAGAUCCGCCAGCUACUCACCCCUACCCAACGAGGAGGGGAAUUUUACCGAGUAUCACGACGCAAUGGAGUCCAUCGGCAGUGCCCCCAACACCGCAAAGCUCCUACCGGCACUCCAGUCGCCCUGUUUCUAUCAUCAGCGCUUUGACAAUGCUGUCAACGUCGAACGUGUCCUCGAGGAAAUCGCCGGUGAUGAGUACACCUCCCAUUCUCGACUUGUCCAAACGGCAUUGGGGGUACGAGAGGUCGCUCGUCAAUUACAACGGCACAACUGCAAGAUGAACGUCAAAAAUAUCAUGAUUGUCACUAAGGCUCGGGAUAAUCAGCUUGUCAAUCUCACCCGAGAGUUGGCCCACUGGAUCAUGAAGACUCCCCGCUACGGAAGCAAACUCGGUGUCAACGUAUACGUUGACAAGAAACUGAAGGAGUCGAAGCGAUUUGAUGCUGCGGGCUUGCUCGAGGAGGAGCCCAAGUUUAAGGACAUGUUGAGGUAUUGGACUCCCGAUCUCUGCUGCGUCAGCCCGGAAACUUUUGACCUUGUCUUGACUCUUGGUGGGGAUGGAACUGUCUUGUUCACCUCUUGGCUAUUCCAGCGUGUUGUCCCGCCGAUCCUUAGCUUCUCGCUGGGCUCUUUGGGAUUUUUGACAAACUUUCAGUUUGAGUCUUACAAAGAACAUCUGAAUAAGGUCUUGGCCGAAGGGAUGAGGGUCAACAUGAGGAUGCGAUUUACUUGCACUGUCUAUAGAGAUGAGGGAAACGGACAAAUGUCGGAGGGUGAUCAAUUUGAGGUUCUUAACGAACUCGUAAUUGACCGCGGGCCGUCUCCGCUGACGGUUGCAUCUUCUCUACCCCUACUGGCAUGCUCAACUGCUUACUCCCUCUCAGCCGGGGGCUCUCUAGUCCACCCGGAUAUUCCCGCCAUCCUAUUGACCCCUAUCUGCCCACACACCUUGUCAUUCCGUCCUAUGCUCCUUAACGACUCCAUGCUCCUCCGAGUAUCUGUCCCCAAAUCCUCUCGCGCUACCGCCUGGUGUGCGUUUGACGGCAAAGGGCGUGUCGAGCUCAAGCAAGGCGACCACGUUACGAUCGCUGCCUCCCAAUACCCCUUCCCAACAGUUCUCAGUGCGCCGAACGAGUGGAUUGACUCUGUCUCGCGGACCCUCCGUUGGAACACUCGCGCUGCGCAACAGAAGGCCUGGGAAGGCGACAGCACCUCGAGUGACGGACCUAACCUUGUCGAGGAGUGGGAUAUCGACACUGACAGUGGCGUGUACGAUUCUGGCAGUGAUGAGACGGGAAAGAGCAGCCCCCUUAGGCGUCAAAUGAGCCUCUUGAACUUUGCCUAGGCUUUAUAGAAUAACGGAUGCCAUUUGGUUGUGGUUUCCUAUUGGCCUUGUUUAAUCUUAUCCUUUUCCUUCUCUUUUUCUUAACGGGUUGAUAGAGAUGGGCGUCGGGGAUUUUUCUCUGGUGUUUUUUGCCUUGAGUUUUAUU